AUGAAGACCUCGGCUUCUCUCGCCGUGGCAGCCUCGCUGCUGCUCGGGCCGGCCGCUGCCGACUGGCAGUUCCGCUCGCGCUCCGACCUGGCCCCGCCGCGGCUCAACAUCACGAUCCCGGCGACCAAGGACGUGGAGCCAGGCUACCUGUUCGUGGCCCCCUUUGCCGGCUUCCCGGACACGCCGACGGAGCAGCACGGUCCGCGCCAGGCUGGCCCGUACAUCUUCCGUGACAACGGCGACCUGGUGUGGUCCGGCUAUGGCAUCUACAGCAUCUGGGCCACCAACUUCCAGGCGGCUCGCUGGAAGGGCAAGGACGUGCUCUUCUCCUUUGAGGGCGACCACAACGCGGGCUACGGCCACGGCCACGGUCACAUCACCAUAGUGGACCAGCACUACGAGACCAUUCGUGAGCUGCGCGCCGGUAACCACAAGUUGGUUGACAAGCAUGAGUUCCAUGUCAUCAAUGAGGAGACGGGUCUCAUCCAGGUGUACCAACCUGUGCCGCGCGAUCUGAGCGAAUAUGGAGGUAGCCCGGAGCAGCAGUGGAUUGUCGAUGCUAUCAUCCAGGAGCUUGACAUUGCCACUGGUAAGCUGCUCUUCGAGUGGCACUCGCUCGACCACGUCACCCCCGAGGAAGCGAUUCUCCCCCUGAACCCUGGCCAGGCCGGCUCCGGCUACAACUCGUCCGACGCGUGGGACUACUACCACAUCAACAGCGUGGACAAGGACUCGGCUGGCAACUACAUCGUCUCAGCCCGCGACGCCUGCACCGUGCACAAGAUCAACGGUACCUCAGGCGAGAUCAUCUGGCGCCUCCACGGCAAGAAGUCCGACUUCUCCGUCCCCAAGAACGCCGAGUUCUGCUUCCAGCACCACGCCCGCUGGCUCCAGGAAGACAACGGCGACGGCAUCGAGAUCAUCAGCCUGUACGACAACUCCGCCCACGGCACCGAGCACGGCUCCGGCCACGAGGUCCACACCGCCGAGAACAGCAGCGGCAAGAUCCUCCGCCUCGACACCAACGCCUGGACCGCCGAGCUCGUCCAGGGUUACUACCCGCCCGAAGGUUACACUCUCCUUUCCAAGAGCCAAGGCUCCACCCAGGUCCAACCCGGCGGCAACGUCCUCGUCAACUGGGGCUCUGAAGGUGCCAUCACCGAGUACACCGCCGACGGCACCGUCAUCUUCCACGCGUACAUGGACAGCGGCGACCUGGACCUAGGCGUCGAGAACUACCGCGGGUUCCGCUUCAACUGGACGGGUAUUCCCAAUGAGGAACCUGCUGUGGUCGCGCUGGAGGGUGAAGACGGCAACACGUCGGUGUAUGUCAGCUGGAACGGAGAUACCGAGACGGCUGUGUGGCGGUUCUAUGAGGUUGUCGACGGGUUUGGGUCCCGCUCGUUCCUUGGUGAGGUUGAGCGUACCAGCUUUGAGACUCGUCUUGAUCUGCCCCGGGGCAAGAAGGUGACCAAGGUUGGGGCUGAGGCGGUGGAUAACCGGGGUCGGGUUCUGCGGGUUACCCAGGAUGUCAAGGUUGAGCCGGAGAUCGUGCGCGCUGGUGCCAAGAAGUCGUCGUCCAAGGCUCACGGCAAGGCUGAUGGCCAAACCGUGCUUGCCGAUGUGCUUGAUGCUGCGUCGGAGGGUAGCCGCUGGGAGGAGUAUGCUAUCCUCAAGUUCUUUCGUCUUGCGAAGGAGCUGAAGUGA